UGGAAACUAUACUUACGGCAACAUAUUAACUGCAGCGAAUGAAUUAUCAAAACGAAUAUCGCAGAAACUGGGCAACAAACGAAAUUGUCAAGUGGUUUUCCUUUGUCCAAACGAUGCCUCGUACCUCAUCACGAAAUGGGCCAUUUGGAUGUCCGGACAUCCGUGCCCGUCAGCAGCUUACAUCCCCAAAGUAUGAUCGAGUAUUUCGCUAGUGAUAGUGAAAGUAAAUUAUUAAUUACGAUACCGCAAUAUUCUGAACUAAUGCAUACAGUAGCCACUAAUACCAAAACCACAUUGAUGGUUUUGGAUAAUAAUUUUAGGGAAAGUAUGGUUGUAAAACAAAAUUUGAAACAGGACCUGGGAGAAUUGCAAUCAAGAGAUGUUUUAAAUGAUAAUGCUUUAAUUAUUUAUACAAGUGGGACAACUGGAUAUCCUAAAGGUGUGGUUUUAACCCAUAAUAACAUUACCAAUCAAAUAGAAACAUUAGUGGAUGCUUGGAGAUGGACAAGCAACGACGCAAUUCUACACGUACUACCUCUUCACCACAUACACGGACUUGUGAAUGCGCUUUUGUGCCCUCUAUAUGUCGGCGCAAAAUGUGUGAUGCUGCCAAAGUUUGAUGCCAAUGACGUUUGGGUGCACUUGCUAGGCAUUAAAACGAAACCUGAAUCUCCGAAAAUAUCUGUUUUUAUGGCAGUGCCAACAGUUUACAUGAAAUUAGUUGAAGAGUAUAAAGCGAGUUUUGAACAUGAUCCCAAAAUACACGAAUAUAUUAAAACAAAUUUAAGAUCAAAAAUUCGUUUGAUGGUCAGUGGUUCGGCGCCAUUGCCAGUUCCUUUAUAUGAAAAGUGGUUGGAGAUAACUGGGCAUAGAUUGUUAGAACGAUAUGGUAUGUCCGAGAUUGGUAUGUGCCUUUCUCAACUGUAUGACUCUCAACGAGAACCAGGUUAUGUGGGUGUCCCAUUAAAAGGUUGCAGUGUCAGAUUAACUGAGCGAGAUGAUGAUGACAACUAUAAAACCCUGCUUGAAUGUACUGGUGUGAAUGAUAAUGUUAAGGUGCGUUUAAAUACCAUCCCAGUUGGUGAUGCUGUGGUUGGAGAACUUCAUGUUUGUGGUAACUCUGUGUUCAAAGAAUACUACAACAAACCUGAUGUCACACGUAAAGAGUUUACGGAUGAUCAUUGGUUUAAAACUGGCGAUACAUGUCAAUACUCUAUAGAAAAAAAAAUAUUCAAGAUACUGGGCAGAACCAAUUUAGACGUCAUCAAAACUGGCGGGUAUAAACUUAGCGCCCUGGAAAUCGAAACAAAGAUUCUAAGUCAUCCAAAUGUUGUUGACUGUGCAGUUGUUGGCGUACCAGAUAAAACCUGGGGCCAAAUAGUAGCAGCUCUAGUGGUAUUUGAUCGUGAUCUACCUAUUGAUACCUUACAAACAUUUCUAAAACAUAAAAUGGCUUCCUAUGGUAUACCAAAGAUUUUCAAAGUUGUGAAGGUGAUUCCUAAGAACAUUAUGGGAAAAGUUAAUAAGACUGAAUUAUUGUCAGCCUUUCUGGCUAAGGAGGAGAAGGUGUGUGCCAAGAACUAGUUUAUAAUGUACUUAUUCUAAAUAUAUUUUAAUAUUCUAAUUGUUUUAUUUUUAA